AUGAAUGUAAUAUUGAUACUUUUUUUGGUACUAGUCUAUAUUCAGCAAGGACCUGUUGAUGGUAUUCAAUGUUAUCAGUGCAGUAGUGAAGAAGAUGAAUUCUGUCCCGCAUUCGGCAAAUUUGAUGAAACCAAAAAUGCACUGGUAGAUUGUUUCAGUUUAGAAUCUUAUGUGCCUGGACAUAUGUGUAUGAAAAUGUCAAAAGAAAGUUUCGAUACAUUUUAUGCAAAGGGAUGGAAAACUGUGAUACGUUCCUGCGCAUCAAGAUCAACAUUAGGUGUUGCUCAAGGUUGUCGAUAUUUCAUAGAUGAAGUCGGUCUAGAAGUAGCUGUCUGUUACUGCGAAAAUCGUGAUGGUUGUAAUGGUAGUUCGAUGAAAUCACAUUCCAUACUAUUGCUUAUACUAGCACUCACUUCCGUCCUUUCUCUUCGAUGUUCCAAAUGCGAAUAA